GAGGCGGCGAAGGAGUCGUGGCGACGACGGCUCGACGAGUAUCGAAAACUUUACGUCACGCUGCAAGAGGACGGCUCCGAGGAUGAUUUAUCGUACAUAAAGCUGUACAAUUACGGCGAGCGCGUGCAGACGAAUAAGAUGCGCGCGUACUUGCCUCAACGCAUCGUGCAGUUUCUCACCGCCACGCACCCGACGGCGCACAAGAUUUAUCUGUGCAGGCACGGAGAGUCAGAGUACAACGUCACGGGACGUCUGGGGGGGAACUCCGGGAUCACCGCCAAGGGCGUGGCGUUUUCGGAAAUUCUCAGGCGGUGGUGCGAGACCCCGCGCACGGUUCGAGCGCGUCUGUGGACGUCAUCGCUUCUGCGCACGAUCGCGACGGCGGCGAACAUCGAGCACCCGACGGUGCACAACGGCGAGUGGGAGCAAAUGUCCCCGCGCGUCUAUCGCAACAUCGACGAAAUCUUCGCCGGCGACUGCGAGGGCAUGACGCCCGAAGAGAUCGUGGAGAAGAACCCGCAGGCCGCGUACUUGCGCUCGAUGGAUAAGAUCGGCUACCGCUAUCCGCGCGGAGAGAGUUACUUCGACUUGAUCUCCCGACUCGAGCCGUGCAUCCAAGAGAUGGAGUCGUACACCGAACCCGUCUUGAUCGUCUCCCACCAAGCCAUCCUGCGGUUGAUCUUCGCCUAUCUCACCGGAUGCGCGCGCGAGCGCGCGCCC